GGACAGCGCGUGCUAGCGUUGCUUCAGUCUGUGUCAGUAAGAGUAGCGUGCGGUCGUGUGUGCGUCGGGCUCCGUGUGCGCAGAGACACCGGUUCUUCUGACUGUCGGCGGCGGCCGGCGCCCCGCCUGUGUCCCAUUUCACUAGGGAAGGACACGUUCAUCAGCUACACGGUCUCUGCGCUGCGGGGUCGGACUCACUGCUGCAUCACGCCACUUCCUGGUGAGUCUAUUGUGAGUCCCUGAGGUGCGAGGUGCAAAGAAGCGGGAAGAGAAGCAGGCGGCAGCAAGUGUAGCGUCCUUGUUAAUCAUCAAAAACUAUCUGCAUAACCAAACCAUACACCUGCUGAUUUUACUACUACUACUACAACUACUACAACUCUAAGGUCCUGUAGAAAUACACGUGGGCAUAUAAAUGUUUUUGAUAUAUGACUGCCGGAAGUAUAGCUCAGAAUGUCUUGGUGUUCCUGCAGAAUGUUGGCUGUUAAGUCUUCAGUAUCCAUUUAGGGAAGCACCACUUACUCCGCCUUGGUAGUAGACAAAGAUGUGCAGUUCCAGCGGCCGCAUCUGGUUCCUGACAGACCGCAGAAUAAAGGAUGACUAUCCCCAGCAGGAGAUCCUCCGAGCUCUCAAAGCCAAAUGUUGUGACGAGGACCUUGAUUUCCGAGCACUUCUUAUGGACGAGGUGGUGUUGACCGUGGAACAAGGAAACUUGGGUCUCCGUGUGAAUGGGGAGUUUAUAACCUCCUAUCCCCAAGUUGUUGUGGUGCGUGUGCCCACCCCAUGGGUGCAGAGUGAUAGUGACAUCACAGUCCUCCGACACCUAGAGAAAAUGGGUUGCCGUCUGAUGAAUAGACCUCAGGCUAUCCUAAACUGCGUCAAUAAGUUCUGGACAUUUCAGGAGCUGGCAGGUCAUGGUGUUCCUCUUCCAGACACCUUUUCCUAUGGUGGCCAUGAGAACUUUGGAAAGAUGAUUGAUGAGGCUGAAGUGCUGGAGUUUCCUAUGGUGGUAAAGAACACUCGUGGGCACAGGGGCAAAGCAGUUUUCCUGGCCCGGGAUAAACACCACCUGUCAGACCUGAGUCACUUGAUCCGUCACGAUGCCCCCUACCUAUUCCAGAAGUACGUGCAGGAGUCACACGGACGCGACGUGCGAGUUAUUGUAAUCGGGGGACGUGUCAUCGGGACCAUGUUGCGCUGCUCUACAGAUGGAAGGAUGCAAAGUAACUGCUCUUUAGGAGGCGUAGGAAUGAUGUGCACGCUUAGUGAACAGGGGCAGCAGUUGGCUGUGCAAGUCUCCAAUAUCCUUGGCAUGGACGUUUGUGGCAUUGACCUGCUUACCAAGGAGGAUGGCUCUUUCUGUGUAUGUGAGGCUAAUGCCAACGUGGGCUUCAUUGCCUUCGACAAGGCUUGCAACCUGGAUGUAGCCUCCAUGGUGGCGGACUAUGCGAUCUCGCUGCUUCCAAGCAGACUCACUCGCCGAAUGUCUCUACUUUCAGUCGUGUCCAGCGCAAGCGAGACCAGCGAGCCGGAGUUAUCUAUGGUGCCCUCCAGCACGGGGGUCGAUGUGCCCAUUCCACUCCUUCAUCAUCACGAGGCUGGAGACAGCAUGAGUGCCAGCUCCAGCUCAGUGGACAGUGACCCCGACACUGCCACGGAGAGGGAGCUUCUCACAAAAGGAACCAUCUUUAACAUGAACCAGCUUCUUGCCAGUGAAAUCAAGCUUCUGGUGGAGUAGAUUUACGGGGGGGGGGGGGGAGAAGAAAUGAUAGGCCAAUUGUAUUGAAGGGUGGGAGGGAGGCAUUUGGUUAACAGCACGUGUAUAUAUUUAAAAAGGGGGGGAGGUCCUUUACAAUUGGUGUGGGGCUUGGGAGGGUUGUUAGAAGAGGGGUGGGUAUUGGGAUUUAAGCCUUCCUGCUAUGAAUGAGGCUGUUCCACUGAGCUAUGAAUUGAAAGCAAGAGAUACAGUGCUUGAUUCCACCUCUUCAUUAUUGCAAGGGAAAGAUUCCACAUGUCUUCAGCCACUUGAAAUGUAUGAAUGUGUCCAAAUUAAAGGGGUUGUUCACCUUUGAGUUAACAUUUAGUGUGAUGUAGAGAGUGAUGUUCUGAGACAAUUUGCAAUUGAUUUUAAUUUUUUAUCAUUUGCUGAAUAAAAAGCUAAAUAACAGCCAUCUGGUUGCUAGGGUCCAAAUUCCCCUAGCAACCAUGCAUUCAUUUGAGUGAGAGACUGGAAUAUGAAUAGGAGAGGCCUGAUAGAAAGAGUAAUAAAAAGUAGCAAUAACAAUACAUGUGUUGCCUUACAGAGCAUUUGUUUUUAGAUGGGGUCAGUGACCCUCCAUUUGAAAGCUGGAAAGAGAAGAAGUAGAAGGCAAAUAAUUCAAAAACUAAUACAAUAAAUAAUGAAGACCAAUUGAAAAGUUGCUUAGACUUGGAAUCAUUCUAUAACAUACUAAAGGUUAACUCAAAGGUGAACCACUCCUUUAAAUGUUAAGAUUGCCAGACUAGAGUGAAUGCGCAAUAAUAGAAAUUAUAACGACCCAUUGAAAUGGGCGGAAAUGUUUUUACUGCUCUGUGGCAUCUCCACUAUUUGCCAACUUCCAUAGUCAUGUUCCCUUUCUAAACGGUUCUAUUAUCAAUGCACAGUGUUGUACAGGACAAAGGAAGGCAGAGGGGAUGGUUUGAAUGCCCCCGUAUUCUUGUAUGGAAGGGCAUGCUGCAACAUUUACAGACACUUUAAUUGCCGUAACUUCACAGGCACAGUCCUGGCUCACACUGGAAUCAGUUUGGCCUAAAACACUUUUUGGGGUUUAUGUAAUAGAAGGCACUAAGUUUGCCCAGGAGCAGUUACCCAUAGCAACCAAUCAGCAGGAAGCAUUUACUGGUCAGCUGUUUAAAAGCAAACAUCUUAUUGGUUGCUAUGGGUUACUGCUCCUGGGCAAAUUUAGUGCCUUUUAUUACAUAAGGGGGGUAUGUGUUUGUGCAGUGCUUUUCAUUUCUCAUGUCGAGGGGUUAUUUUUUGGCAGCUGCCUGUUUAAAAUCCCACAGCUGUCAUAGCCAGAGAGAACGGAUUGCACGGAGACUUUGCCACGGGGUGAGAACCAUAGGUAACCGUUAAGGAUGCACCGAAUCCACUAUUUUAGAUUCGGCCGAAUCCUUCGUGAAACAUUCGGCCAUAUGCUGAUCCGAAUCCUAAUGUGCAUAUCCAAAGUAGGGGUGGGAAUGGGAAAACAGUUUUGACUUCCUUGCUUUGUGACAAAAAGUCACACUUUCCUACCCCACCCCUAAUUUGCUUAUGCAAUUAUGCAAAUUAGGAAUCGGUUCGGCCGGGCAGAAGGAUUUGGCUGAAUCGGAAUCCUGCUGGAAAAGGCCGAAUCCUGGAUAUGGUGCAUCCCUAGUAACCGUGGCAACGGUAUUUGGAAAGUAGGCCCUAUGACCUGUUGUGUUCUAAGCCAUACUGAUGAGGUUCCCAUCUUACCGACUUAUUUAUUUCAAUGAAUUAUUGAGCAGGCUGUAGCAGGUAAUUGUGCAUAAAAGCAAUGCAUGUGGGAGGGGUACAAAGUUAACCGCUGAACAGAAAUAAAUGGAUUAGUUCUAAUAAAGGUUAAAAAAAAAUCGAUUACUAACAUCUGUGAUUUUUACAGCAUCCUCUUUCAUAGAAGAGCACUUGCUUUUGAUAUCAAUAUGAUGGAGGUUGUGGUGGUGCCCACGGCUCUCUCUUUCUGUCUCCGCUUCCUAUUCCAUUAGCGAUGGGGAAAUUCAGAUAUACGGGAUGGAUGGGUAUGAGUCUAUGGAGUCUGAGGGUCACUUGCUUUUCUCUAUCACUGAUGUUUCUUCAAUUUAUAUCCUUAAAACAUACAGAUGAACCAAUCCUGCCCUUUGUCUUAGGCUGUUGCAUGUGGGGUGCAAGUAACUUCCCUGUUAAUGAUAGCGAUGCUUUGAAUCUGGGAUAUGGCCUUUAUCAGCAGCAAAUCUGAAUGCAAAAAAUUGUGACUUUUAGGGAUGCACCAAAUCCAGGAUUCGGUCCGGGAUCAGCAGCAUUCGCCUGUCCAAACUGAAUCCUAAUUAGCAUAUGCAAAUUAGGGACAGGGAGGGAAAUCGUGUGACCUUUUGUCACAAAACAAGGAAGUAAAAAAUGUUUUCCCCUUCCUAAUAUACAUAUGCAAAUUAGGAUUCGGUAUUAGGCCGAAUCUUUCGCAAAGGAUAUGUGGGUUCGGCCGAAUCUAAAAUAGUGGAUUCAGUGCUUCCCUAGUGACUUUUUUGUCACACAAAGUCAAAUUUUUUUUUAUCCUCGUGCUGCAUGCACGGUUCUUUCCCCCUUGUUUCCUUAAUUUACAUAUGCAAAUUAGGAUUCCGAUAGUAUGUUUCACAAAGGAUUGGGGAUUUGGCCAAAUCCUAAAAUAGUGGAAUCGGGUCAUUAAUGAUCUUCCCAUUUUUGUGUACCAACUCCCAUGAAUUCUAAAUUCGACUAGCCAAAUUUUUAAUACUAUGACCCAAAUUCGAUCAAACUUGACCUUCUAGUCAGAAAUGUCAUAAAGACAGCAGCUCCCAUAACCCAUUUGUCAGUAGUGUGGGCACCACCUAGGCCUCAGCCCUUCAUUAGCCAGGCAGUGUUUUCUGUGGGACUGACUUCCCCUUUAUUUUUGUUCUCAACCAUCAACUCUGUAUUUCUCAUUCUUUUCCACAAAAGAACCUGUUUACAUAACGGUUAAUAUUCUCAGCCCUGGCACCCCACUAAUGACAUGUUUAUUUGUACCAGCCAAUCCCUGCAAGUCUUUAUUUACACCAAUUGAAACUGUGCAGCAGAGGGGGGUAAAAACCUGACCUUCCCCUCUCUCUUUUGCUGGAGUAAAUGAAUCUCCGGGACACGGUGCGUAUCAGUGUUAUUGCCGGUUUUUUUAAAAAAUUGCCUUUGAAAACUUUACAUUUUGGUUUUCAUUUUAAACCCAGACUGCUGCUUUCAUUUUUUUUUUUUUUUUUAUAUUUUGCCAUUGAUGGAGGAGUGUUUGGGUUGUGAUGUUUUUAUUUAAUGUUGGAUGGUAAAACCCAUAAAUGAUGUUCCUAUGUAGGACACACUGGGCAUUGCUGUUUAAGAAAAAAAUCACUGUUUUAGUCUAGAGAAUCGUAAACGUUGCGAGCAAACUGGUUAUAGAGCCAGACCACAUCGAUGGGAGGCACAUUUAUUAA